CGCAAUAAUCUGAUCCUGCAUCCGCCCUCUUUCGGCUCUUUUUUUUACCCCUCUUCCGGCCAUCCAAAACCAGCUGACCAGCUUCCAUUUUGUUCAUGGCGUCUAUACGCAGCUUUGCCACUCAUGUCCAGUGUCCUUUGCCGGUCAAUCAGCCCGUCAUUUUGGGCCGUGAACGACCGCCAUUCAAUAUUCACCAUCGUCAAGUCAGUCGAAAGCACGCCCAAAUCACCUAUUUGGACGAUGGACGAUGCUUCAUAGUGCGUCUGUCACCGAAUCCGGUGGUACUCAGAGGGAAAUUAUUGCCACAUCAAGUGGAAGUCGAAGCUUUUAAUAAGGAUGUUCUCUAUCUUUUGCCGGACGAGCUCGACUUUGAGAUUCUUUUGCCACAAAUAGCUAAACCCUCUAAACCGACCACUUCACAAACGCAGACCUCCAAACCACCUGCAACCGAACGCGAAAAGGAAUUGGCAGAUUAUGCCCAUGAGCUGCAAACAAGAGACUACGAGUUGGAUCAACAUACUACAACGGACGAAGAAAAUAUAAGCGACACUGACAUCGACACAGACAAUGAAAUAGUGUCGGCAUCAGACAGCGACAUCUCUCAAGAAUCCAGUUUGAUAGGUGAUGCAAGGGAUUGACACACGGUCUCAAUUGCACAAAUGACGAAAAAAAAAGAAGAGCACCCAGAAGGUAUUGCAAACUAUAUCCUUUGUUAACCAAAAAUACAUGCACACAUACACAAACUUGCAUGCACGCAAGAAAAAAAAAGGGAACCAUCAGAGAGAUCUAGGGUCUCUUGGGUGUGAAUGGUCGGUGGUGAUGACCAAAGGCGGGAGAAAAUCCGGCGGAUUCUUCGCCGCCUGAA